AUGAACCUUGACUGGCCUGAAAUGCUGCACUACUCGGAGGAUUACCCGAAGGAAUACAAAUCCGUACGGACUUCACUACUUAUCGUGACGAUCAGAGCUCAGCACUCGCUGGGAAUCAGCUGCGGUGGGAUUUUCGAGAUGAGUCAGGAUAAGUUUGCCCUCUUGGUGCGAAUGACGUACUCGGUGUUGAUGUUUCUUUGGAAGUUUAAAGCACUUUAAAUGCUAUUUCGAAGUUACCUCAUGUUCAUGUCUAAAGGUUGAUGACUUGAAGAAAACCACUGUUGGAACGUUCCAAGAAAAGGACAAUUUAUUAG